AUGGAUAUUACAGAACAGUUAUCUGAGGAAGGAUGGAAACUAUCUCCUGAAGGCUACAAUGUUAUUACUGAAGAUGGAAAAAUUACUGAUUUAGCAGUGAUAAAAAAGAAAGCACUAGAUAUUGAUUUAAGAGAAUUAGGUGGUUGUGCGUUCCCCCCUGAAAUGAACAAAGGGAAAUAUGAAUCUGUUACUGGUAACAUGGUUGUUCAAAUACAAAAAAUCAGAAAUAUUUCGGAACCUAAAGCAAAUGAGGAAUCAAAACAUGCUCCUAGAAUGUUUAAACUAAUUCUAACUGAUGGUACUCAGAGUUGUUCUGCAUUAGAGAUGUCUCCACUUGUUGAUAUUAAUUUCAACACCCCUCCUGGUACCAAACUGAAGUUGAAGGGAGAAAUGGUUAUUAGCCACGGUCUUCUGUUACUACAUACCGAAAAUGUCGAAGUCCUAGGAGGCAGAGUUAUUGUCUUAGUUGAGAAAUGGCUUACGAACAAGAAUCUGGCCAAACAAGCCCGAGGUCGAGUUGGAGCUGAAGGAGGACCUCCACCUUGGAUACCGUUUGGUGAGAAGCUUGCUCCUUCUAACAUAGCCGAUAAAAAUUUCAAGUCCUUAGACGAUGGAUCUAAAGAUGGUAGGGAUAACGAAGAAUUUGAAGCUCAGAGACGUGAUGCUAUAGCUGAAGCAGGAAAAGCAGCUGGCUGCACAAAAAAAGUUUUUGGUGGUGGUACAAAACCACUUCUUGAUAGGAACAUCCAAGCAAUUAUGUCUCAAGGAUUCACAAUUCAGGAAGCUGAAGCUGCUCUCAAGCAAAGUAAAAAUAACAUUGACAGGGCCUUGAGGAAUCUCCAGAGAAAAAGUGGUAAAGGUCCAGAUGACAAAGAAAAGACUGAAAAAGAACCUGGUCGUGAGCGAGGUAGACGUAAAGGUAAUGAUGAAGAAAGUGGACCCAAACCAAGUGGAAGAGUCUCACUUUUCUCAUUUCUCGAAGACAAGUUGCCAUCAUUACCAGAAAAAGAUAAGAGCAAAGAAAAAGAAUGGGAAGCUCCAAAACAAAAUUAUGAAACAAAUAAUAAAUCUAAAAGUUAUCCUGGUCAAGAAAAAAAUAGGAACCGAGGAGAUAGGGGGCCACAAAAUAAUUUUAUUAUUGGAAAUGGUAUAGAUAAGAAAAAAGAUGAAAGGCAGUCGAGGUGGCAGAAUCAAACACAGAACCAAAAACCUCCUCGAUUCCAAAACCAAAAUAGAAGAUCUGAAUCUAACAAUGACCCAUUUGAUCACUUUGCUAAUAGAAAUGAUCAGCAACCAGGUAGACAAAAUGACAAUUAUUUUGGAAGUAAAGCUAGUCCACCUCAAUACAAUGGCUACAGAAAUAAUUACAAAAUGGAUUCUAUAGGUUAUAACUUAAAUAGUGGAGGAGACUAUAGAAGUCAGAAUUCCAACUAUUUCAAACCAGCAGGAAUGCCAGAUAUUCCAGAAUUCCCAUAUAAAGAUUCUGCGUUCAUUCCGCCUUUGUUGCCACCUUCUUCAAAUCAGUUCAUGAAUUCUUCAAAAAAUAAUGUUAAUCACAACACAACUCAAAAACCAGAAAGUGCAGGAAAGUAUAGAUGGAAAGUUGGAGAUAAGUGUAUGGCCAAAUAUUGGGAAGACAAUGUUUACUAUAAUGCUGAAGUUACAGGUAUUUCAAAGAAAACCUGUGUAGUGAGGUUUCUAGAAUAUGGUAAUUUUGAAGAAGUUCUUCAAGAUGAUUGCCUACCGAUCACUGAGGAACCUCUAGAAAAUAUUAACUUGCAAAAUAAUGAUCAUCAAGGUUUUAAUAAUAGCAACAGGAAUAAUCACUUCUCAGGGUCGAUAGAAUUCCGAAGAGGAGGAACAAGGCCUUAUAUAAAGCCUGAGUCAGCAGCUGGUCGAAAGCAGAGGUACUCGCAACCCGUAUACGUACCCCCUGCAAGUAGGCGAGAGGCCAAGUAG